AUGCCCAGGGUCCUCUCGGAAUCGGCAGGGGCAUCCACCGCUGGUGGAGUGCGCCGCAUGCGUUGGACAAAAAAUAUGAACGCAAACGCAUUACGGGCGUACUAUAGGGUGAAAGGGAAAGAAAUUCCAGGGAUAGCGUUUCGGGCUCGGAUGCAUUGCUCUUUUGCUGAGCUGGAGCCAUCUAUUCCCGUCACGGAACAAAACCUGGCAGACCAAGCUCGAUACAUUAUGCGCUCAAAAAUAUUUUAUGGUGCUGAACUCGAACGACUACGGCGUGAGGCUACUCCCACAUCGAAUGAAUUGGCUUUGGCUGGGGAUGCCGCUCCUCAGGCCAUAAACCAGCAUCCAGACGUGGAAGUCACCAUGGAUCUUCCAGUUGUGGUUGAUUCACACGAUGAUGAAAUAGUGUCCCAGGAACUAGAGCAAAUGAGGAGCAUAUUGGAAGAUGCGAUUUCGAAAACGCGCAGCAAGCCUCUCAAAAAUCGACCGUCUUGUUUAGCUACAACUACCGACGAAAACUUUGGCAAAACUGAAAAUGCUCCUGAAGAAUGUUUUGGUGAGGUAAAUCAAAUAAAAAAAUCACUACCCUUAUGUAGUGAAUCAAUUAGCUCUAUCAGAGAAGUUGAAGGUGAUUCUAUGGAUUUGGAGGUAAAUGCACAAGAUGAAUUGAGCACUCAAAAACUACGUUCUCCACCGAUUGACAUGUUGACUCACAAGCAUGUUGUAAGGUCUGUUGAAGAACUUGAAGAUUAUUCAGCUCCUUGUGAAGUAGACACGGCCGAAUCUUCUGAGAAAACAUAUCGACUUGAAGGUCGAAGAAUUCUCAAUUUAAAAACAUUUUAUUUAAAAUUACAAGAGGUAUCUUCGCAUAGACCUUUCAAUUGUGGUCUCGGUAGCGCGGAAAUUGUUUCUGAAAAACAAACCGGUUAUCAACUUUUACGCUUCAAUGCAAAUUAUGCAACAUGA